UCUCUCUCACUCUUUCUCCUCUCUCUUUCUCUCUGAAGAAGAGCCAAUAAUAAAGAACAUGGAUCAUACUGAGGCAGCCAAUUCUAACACUAACUCAACUUCUCCUUCUUCUUCAUCUUCCCCGCCGCCGCCACUGCCACCAGCGGUGGUUCUUAGUCCUUGCGCAGCUUGUAAGAUUCUCAGGCGAAGAUGCGCUGAGAAAUGCGUCUUGGCUCCGUAUUUUCCUCCGACUGAACCGGCAAAGUUCACAAUUGCUCAUCGCGUGUUCGGUGCUAGCAACAUCAUUAAGUUCUUACAGGAACUACCAGAAUCUCAAAGAGCUGAUGCAGUGAGCAGCAUGGUUUAUGAGGCAAGUGCAAGGAUCAGAGAUCCUGUUUAUGGCUGUGCUGGGGCGAUUUGCCAUCUUCAGAAACAGGUUAAUGAGCUCCAAGCACAAUUAGCUAAAGCGCAAGCUGAGCUUGUUAAUAUGCAAUGCCAGCAAGCUAAUCUUAUGGCCUUACUUUGCAUGGAAAUGGCACAAUCUCCUCAACAAUCGUCGGAACAAUCAGUCGACAACUUCAUUAGCACCCCACAGAGCUACCAGAGCAAUCCUGGCUUCUUGGAGGACAACAACAAUUUCGGGUCACUGUGGGAGCCUCUUUGGACAUAAUUAAUUGUUAUCAUCAUAACCAAAAUAUCUACAGCUUAAAUUAUGAUAAUUAAUGUACCAAUGAAGUUCUCCUAACUCAAGAGUGGCUCGCUAAAUGAGAAGGAGAAAUCCAAGGACAUUAAUUUUAAUAAAUUUUAAUUAACUUAAUUAUAAUAGCUAGGUUUAUAGGUAAUUAAGUGUGAUGAUCAUCUGGGAGGGGAAUUAAGUGUAAGCUCUAGGAUCUAAUCUCUUUGUUAAAGCUAGGCAAAGUAGAUUGGGCUUUGAAUUUCCUCCAUGUAAUCUUUAAUUUUCUAUAUAAAUUAGAAGAGAAAAUGAAAGAAGAUGCCUUAUUUUCAGUCUAA